AGGAAGCUCGCACCUGGAUCACGGGACUGAAAUAUUUGAUGGCUGGAAUAAGUGAUGAGGACUCGCUCGCUAAGCGACAGAGAACACACGAUCAGUAUCCUUUUAUAAGCCUGAGCUCCAGCUUUGGGUUCUGUAUUUCUGGCUUGUUUCUAGUGACUUCAGCAUAGGGUGUCCUUUCGCCUCUUGGUAAGUGACUAAAAACCUUGCCAUUGAUUGCAAUGGAAACCUGAGUUAUGGGUUUGACAUGGACACUUAUCUGUGUAAUAAAACAUCAGCUGUGCUUUAGGGACUGGAUUAAACUCCGUUGAAAGCAGGGGAUAGUCUUGCGUUUUGUUAGUGAAAUUCUUAUUGAAAGGUCAAACCAGUCAUUUCUAGUUAUCUCAAUAAAUACUAACCCCAGCAUGAUUUCAGGAUUUCUGUCGUCUUCUGUUUGUCCAACUGUGCUUUUAAUCUUCUGCUGUAAAUUGCAAGAUCUAUUCGAAGACACUGUUUUCAGGAUUUUACUGAUUGAAGGCUUGAAUUUGUUAGCCUGUGCACAGGUGAAACCCUAACGUUUUUGGGAGCCUUUCAGUAAACUGGCUAAUAACUCCUGGCCAUCUCUGCUUCUCUUGAUAUAUGUCAGAUAUCUGUGCUUCUCAGCCUCUGCUGAUUGUCAGGAGCACAAAUCUUUAAAGCUUCUUAAGUGUUUGUUGUAGCCUAGUAACCAAAAUGAACUUGUAAAGAUUAUGCCUAUUGAAUAUUUUCCUGAUGUGCUUUCUUUCACAACAGGGCUGCCUAGAAUCUUAAAUACAAAGAACACUUCCCUAAACAAAAAAAAACAACCAACAAACCCACCUUGAUUAAAACUGUAACCUGUCUCUUCUGCUGCGCAAAAGUCUACAGUGGUCACUUGUAAAUACUCCUUCUGGAGAAUAUACACAUUUCAGCUGGGUCAAACAGACCUUUCAGGAGGCUGACAAGAAUGGAGAUGGCCUGCUGAAUAUUGAAGAGAUCCACCAGCUGAUGCAUAAACUAAAUGUUAACCUGCCCCGCAGGAAGGUCCGGCAGAUGUUUCAGGAAGCGGACACAGAUGAGAACCAAGGAACCCUAAAUUUUGAAGAAUUUUCAGUUUUUUACAAGAUGAUGUCCUUACGUCGAGAUCUCUACUUAUUGCUCUUAAGCUACAGUGACAAGAAGGAUCACCUCACUGUUGAAGAACUCGCUCAGUUUCUAAAGGUGGAACAAAAGAUGAAUAAUGUGACACCAGAAUAUUGUCUUGACAUCAUACAGAAGUUUGAAGUAUCAGAAGAAAACAAGAAGCAAAAUUUUCUUGGGAUUGAAGGUUUCACCAACUUCAUGCGCAGUCCUGCUUGUGAUAUAUUUAAUCCACUGCAUUGUGAAGUGCAUCAGGAUAUGGAUCAACCCCUUUGUAACUACUUUAUUGCUUCAUCUCACAAUACCUACCUGACAGGAGACCAGCUGCUGUCUCAGUCCAGAGUGGAGAUGUAUGCACGAGUGCUGCAAGAUGGUUGUCGAUGUAUUGAAGUGGAUUGCUGGGAUGGUCCAGAUGGAGAGCCAGUAGUGCACCAUGGCUAUACUCUUACUUCUAAAAUACUCUUCCGUGACGUGGCAGAAACUAUCAAUAAAUACGCCUUCAUCAAAAAUGAGUUUCCAGUGAUACUGUCUAUUGAAAACCACUGCAGUAUUCAACAGCAAAAGAAGAUCGCUCAGUACUUGAAGGAGAUAUUUGGUGACAAACUCGACUUGUCAUCUGUAAUCACUGGAGAUUCCAGACAGCUUCCUAGCCCUCAAAAUUUGAAAGGGAAAAUCCUAGUGAAGGGUAAAAAGUUACCAUACAGUCUUGGAGCAGAUGCUGAGGAAGGAGAAGUUUCUGAUGAGGAUAGCGCUGAUGAAAUUGAAGAUGACUGCAAAUUAAAGCCCUGCUAUAGUAAUGGUGCAACUGAGCACCAGGUGGAAUCUUUUAUAAGAACAAAACUGGAAUCUCUGAUGAAAGAAUCCCAAAUCAGGGACAAAGAAGAUCCUGACAGCUUCACUGUGAGAGCACUGCUAAAGGCAACUCAUGAGGGUUUAAAUGUUAACCUGAAACAGAACCUGGACCUAAAAGAAGGUGGAAAAAAGUCUCACAGUCGAUCAUUAAUGAGUAACUUCGGUAAACACAAAAAAGCUGUGAAGGCAGCAUCCAAAUACCAUAGUGCAUCAGAUGAUGAAGAAAGCCAGCAAAACUCUUCUGGGAAGGAAACAGGGCAGCUCCACAGCAGACUGGCUCGUCGAAGAAAAACGGUGAAGCUGUGCCGAGCUCUGUCUGACCUAGUGGUGUACACGAACUCUGUGGCAGCCCAGGAUAUAGUAGAUGACGGAUCAACAGGGAAUGUGCUAUCAUUCAGUGAAACAAGAGCCCACCAAGCAGUGCAGCAGAAGGCUGAACAGUUUAUGCUUUACAACCAGAAACAGCUUACAAGGAUCUAUCCAUCAGCCUAUCGGAUUGACUCCAGCAAUUUCAAUCCUUUACCUUACUGGAAUGUUGGUUGCCAGUUAGUGGCACUAAACUACCAAUCUGAGGGACGUGUGAUGCAAUUAAAUGAUGCAAAAUUUAGGGUAAAUGGCAACUGUGGUUAUGUCCUCAAACCUCAGCAGAUGUGCAAAGGCACAUUCAACCCCUACUCUGCUGAUCCACUUCCUGCCAGCCCUAAAAAGCAACUUAUUCUGAAAAUCAUCAGUGGACAGCAGCUACCUAAGCCUCCUGACUCAAUGUUAGGAGACAGAGGAGAGAUAAUAGAUCCCUUUGUUGAGGUGGAAAUUAUUGGGUUACCUGUUGACUGCUGUAAAGAUCAAACCAGGGUGGUUGACGACAAUGGGUUUAAUCCUGUUUGGGAGGAAACACUCACUUUUACCGUCCACAUGCCUGAAAUAGCUUUGGUGCGGUUUCUUGUUUGGGACCAUGACCCUAUUGGGCGAGACUUUGUUGGACAAAGAACUCUGGCCUUUAGCAGCCUUGUACCUGGUUAUCGUCAUGUGUAUUUAGAAGGACUGACAGAAGCGUCCAUAUUUGUUCAUAUAACCAUUAAUGAGAUCUAUGGAAAGAAUAAGCAGCUGAUAGGACUCAGAGGGUUGUUUAACAAGAACCCUAAGCACAAUUCUGCUGAAACCAGCGGGCGCUACGUACGGAAGCGAUCUAUUGGUGAUCGAAUUCUCCGGCGCACAGCCAGUGCACCAGCAAAAGGUAGAAAGAAAAGUAAGAUGGGUUUUCUGGAAGCUACUGAAAUUAAAGACAGUGCGUCUGAACCAAUAGACUUGAAAGAGAAAGAAGGAGUUGUAAGGCGAACAAGCCGGAGUUUGCAAGCACGUCCUGCUUCUAUGCCCGUGGACAAAUACCUUCUUGUAGGACUGCCAUGCCCAGAAGAUGAAACUGCCCAAGAUGUCAAAGGAAAAGAAAAUGCAUCUGCCAACAGUGGUGACAAUACAAAUGAGAAGGAAGCAAACUUGAAAGAAUCUGUUUUCACAUGUUCUGAGAAAACAGCAAAUACUUCAAAUUUGGCAUCUCGAUUUAAUAAGGAGAAUGACCAGGAGACGACCACAGUUGACUCUUUAGUACCUCUACAGGAGCAACCUGAAAACUUAGUUUUUGCAAGUGGUGUAGCUGAAACAAAUCACCUCAUAGAUUAUCAGGAAAACAAUCUUUUUGAUGAAACUGUCCCUCUAAUGCAGGGCUCUGAUUUUGAAAUUUCCACAGAAAAAACAAAUGACAAAAGCUGUGCAGACAAUAACGAGGAAGAUGAUUCAAACAGGUCUAAGGAACAGAAAAUAUCUCUUGCGGGGACUUCCCUUUCUCAAAAAGUAGAAAUGGAGAAUCACAAAUAUGACAUCAUCAAGAAAAGCACUGCAGCACCUCUUUCUUUGACAGAUAUUUCUUCUACCAUUUGCUUGGAUGUUCCUGACUUGCACUCCACUUUAACCAUGCAAGACAGUGACAUUUCUCGCCUCAUAGAUGAAGUUUCUUUAGCUAAUGAGAGCGAGAUGGAUAGCACUGUCUCAGCACUGAUUGGACAGGUUGAUGUCACAGAUGACCAAACUAAUCUUACUGCGAUCUCAAGCCUCCAUGGUGCUAGCAGCCAGACCUUCAGCAUGAUGGCUGCACACCCACACAUGCUUACUGUGGAUCUUAACAGUCCAUGUAAGCACAACUUUACUACCACAAAAUCCAUCAAAUCCCCUUUAUUCUCAACUCCAGAUACUACCAUGUUCUCCAGCCCUGAGACUGCAGAGUAUUCAGUGUACACAAUUAUCCAUGAGGCAACUCUUACACCAACUUCUGAAUGUAAGACCUCCAGUGAAUUAGUUUGCAAGAAGUUAGCCAGUACAGAAGAAAACUUGCCUAGCUGUCCUUGUCCUUCACCUCUCUCUUUGCUAAAUGCAAAUCCCAAAAGAAAAUGUGGAACAAGCUGGGAGGCCCCUGAAUCUGCCGGUUCUUUUGCUUCCAAUAGCCUUGUCUUUGCAGAGAGACUUGUUGACCUUCCCACUGGUGAAAAUUCAGAAAGCAGCAGUCUUGUAGAAGUAGAUGGGGACUCUCAGGAUCUCUUGGUAACUGCAUGUGAAUACAAAAGGGAGGACAUGAGUCAGCUGGCUUCCCCUUUGAAACUGAGGCAAAAGCAGGACACUGGGCACAGUGGUGAGAGGACCUCUGGGAAAAGCACAACUGUUGAGCUCUGUGCUCCUUCCCUGGACUUCUCAGAUAACUUCAGGACUGAAGGGAGUCAGCUCCCUUUUCCAACGUGUCAAAACGUUGGCUUUUUGUAUCACCGUCAUUCAGAUAAGCAGAAAAAUGUAAUGUGUACCUCUGAGAGAUCCCAGCUCAACAUACACUCACCAGUACUCAAAAAUGCUUUGGCAUUCCCACCUCCUUCAGCCAUCAAGCAGACUAGCCCUUGCAAAUCCAAGAGUCUCGGUGACUUGACAUCAGAGGAUAUUUCCUGCAAUUUUGAAAGUAAGUAUCAAUAUAUAAGUAGGAGCUUUAUCUCAUCAGGCAUGAGAGACAAGAAACUUGCUGCUAUGAAAAACAUGAGACCACAUUCUACGGAUGCUCUGACUGAACAGCUGAGGAAGCUGGUGUCUCUGGACCAAGAGGACAGCCAUCAAACACUGUACUCCAGGCAGAUUGAUGAAGACUGCCCAAAAGCACUGGUCAGAAAACUCUCAUCCAGAAGCCAGAGCAGAGUGCGGAAUAUAGCCAGCCGUGCCAAGGAGAGGCAGGAGGCUGCCAGCAAGCAAAAAUCUAACACAAGUAGCAUAGCAGGGAUUGUCCUUCGGAACAAGCCCUCAGCAUCUCCUCACGUUAUCAACAGGCAUUCAACAGGCUCAUACAUAGCCAGGUACCUGAAUGGCUUCCCUGGGGAGGACGUGGAGGGCCGAGGAGUACCAGAAGGUGCGUGUGCUGCUUUGCACUAUGGCUGUAGCGACCAGUUGUAUACACAUGAUUCUGUUCUGCAGCUGGAACCCAAUAGCGAUGAUAAGCCUGAAAUUUAUUUCCUGCUGAGACUGUAGAUUGUAUAAAUGUACAUCUUCAAAGUUUACAAACUGUUUCAUUGAAAUGAAGGAUUUUUUAGCAAGAAAUACUGAUUUGAGGGUUUAAAUUAUUUAGAAAUGCAAUUUCAUGCUAGUGCUUCAGUCAUGAUUUAAUGUGCCCUUUCCUGUCAAAGCUUAUGUAAAUAGAAACCAUGUUCCAUCCUUAUGUAUGUAUUACUUUGAUUUAGAAAUUCUAAAGUGAAGUAGUCUGGGGACUAUUUGCAUGCAAUAAGCAUUUGUAGCAUUUUGUAUUUGUAAUGCAUGUCAUUUUUAAGUUGAGCACAUCUGUGCUUGAAAGCCUAAUAUUGUAAUGAAUACAAUAGUCUUCUGUUUUCCUGAUGUCCUAUUUUGUUGUCUGAAAAAACAUUUUUAGGGAUCACUUUUGGCCUUUCAUGCAAAUUCUGCUAAGCAUAGUGCUUUCUGUUAUUGGUAACAUCCUUCAGGUCAGACUGUGGAACUAGGACGCAUUCUGCCCAACAAGCAGCAGUCUCAGAAUAAGACCUUUCAUUAGCAUCACUAUUUUCACUCUGACUUGCACUUAAUUGUUAAUAUUAAAUUUACAUGUUUCCAUGUAUGAACUAUGAUUCUACAGCAAACAAUUUGUAGAAUUAGGGUUAGUCCAAAUUUGUGAGUCACGUAGAUUUGUAUUCUGCCCGCUCUAUGAAGUAUAACACUUGCCUUUCUUUUUGGUCAUAGGACAGAGUGGAAUGUGGGAGUAAUUCUGCAUUUAUGAGUGGAAAACACUUAAUUUCUGCAUAAUUUGUUAUGUAUUUUUGUUACUGGUUGUGUGUGUAGCGUCAGUACAGUAGCAUAUCUGUUUUCUGUAUAUUUGUAAUUUUAUUGCGAAAUUGUUGACAGUCAGUGAAAUAUUUAAGGCUGACAUGGUAGAGUAACUAUUUUGACUGUCCAUCUUCAUCUUUUUCUAUGAAUGCUGAAAGUGAAUUGAGUGAGUAAUCUCAAACACCUGACGCUUCCCUGUAGGGAACAACAUAGCUUUAUUUUGAUUUUAAGAUAUCCUUUGCCUUUGCUGUAAGUUUUUUCUUAUAUGUAAAAGAUGUACCUUUUACCUCUUUCUUUUGUAAUGCAGAGUAUUAUUAUUCCUGAAAACAUCAUUAAAAUACAUUUUUAAGCA